GAACCGUCCAGUACAAAUGGUUACUUCGGUGCUGUGGUAGAGCUCGCAUCUUGCCUUUCUUGCCCAGUGUAAAUGUCAUCAAUCGCUCUGUGACCAAAAUUUGACGAUCGAGAAACGAGUUUGACUGUGAAAUGACUUCGAGUGAAGCAGCGAGUCUCUUGGGAGUAAUCGUACUUGUCAAGGUUAAUGAAUAGGGCCUAAAGAUUGGAGACAACAGAUUUUUUAAAAUGGCGGACCACGAGUUGGAAGAAUUGGAUGAGGAAGACGACAAUGUUUAUGAGUUAAUGAUCGAGUUAAGGCGGAGCGAGCCAGAUCACAGAGAUGCAGUUCAGAAGAAAACUUUCACAAAGUGGGUUAACAAUCAUCUUCAGAAAGUUAAUGUACGAAUUUUGGAUCUAUAUGAGGAACUAAGAGAUGGAACCAAUCUGUUAUUACUGCUAGAGCUUCUUUGUAAGAUCAACUUGCCAAGAGAAAGAGGACAGCUAAGAUUUCACAGACUUCAGAAUGUUCAGACUGCUUUAGAAUUUCUUCAGUCACAGCAGGUGAAACUGGUAAACAUUCGUAGUGAGGACAUAGUGGAUGGUAAUCCCAAGCUUACCCUGGGUCUGAUAUGGACAAUUAUCUUACACUACCAGAUUUCAGAGGUGGAAGUUGUGGGAAAACAGGAGCAGAUGACAGCUAAAGAUGCUCUUCUUCUGUGGGCAAAGAAAGUAACUCAGGGUUAUCCUUCAGUUGAUGUUGGAAACUUUACAACUUCAUGGAGAGAUGGGCUGGCUUUCAAUGCAAUUAUUCACAGAUACAGGCCAGAUCUUGUAGACUUCUCUAAGUUGAAUAAAGCAAGCCCUGAUCAAAACCUGGAGUAUUCAUUUCAUGUGGCUGAGAAAGAACUUGGUGUUCCAAGACUCUUAGAUGUGGAAGAUCUCGCAAAUACUGAACAACCAGAUGAAAAAUCUAUCAUGACAUAUGUAUCUUCUUUGUAUGAAGUAUUUCCAAAAGAGCCAACAGUGCAAGAGUCAUUGCAGGAUAAUGAAAAGCUUUUCAAGUUUGAAGAAUAUUGUAACUUGGCAAAAGCUCUAGUUGUGGAGAUCAACAAAGUGGAGCAAAAAAUGGAGAAACAGAGAUUCCCAAAGACUAUCCAUGGAAUAAAGGAGCUCAUUGUUGAGUACAACCGCUACCGUAUAAGUGAAUUUCCUGAGAUGGAAGCCUCAAGACAUUCCUUAAAAAUGGUAUUUCGUGAACUACAGGCACUGUAUGGCCCUAUGGCAACCUGGUUGGAGUUUCCUUAUGAAUGUAGUCCCAGGGAAUUAGAAGUGUCAUGGACAAAGCUUGUGGAGACCCAGGACAACUACAACAAGUCACUAAGAAUUGAGCUUACCAGGCUUGAACAGAUGCAUCAAGUGGCAGAAAAAAUCCAGAAGGAGGCAACUCUUGUCGACGCUUCACUCGAUGACAUUGAAGAAAGAAUCAAAUCAGAAGAGGAAGUCGGUAAUACCAUUGAUAGCGAGACACGCCGAAAGCACUUCUACCAAAUUGAAAAGUCUCUUGUGAUGUUUGAGACGAGUAUCAAGCACAUGUUAUCUGGCGUGGACAUUCUUGUCGCCGGCCGCUACUCCAGAGCGGAUGAAAUAAGAAUUAAAGUUCUGUCCAUUGAAAGGCGCUGGUCUGAGAUGAAGGAUCGAUUGGAAGCUCGUUCCACAAAAGUACUCACUUACCAGACUUAUAGCACGACUGACGGCAAGAAAAUGAAACUGGAAUUACCUGUGGAGAAAACUGUGGUGUCAACGGAGGAAACAACGCCCGGCCUAGAAGACUUGGAAGAGGUCACGACAAGAAGAAAGGUCAUAACCAUCACAAAGAGGACCUACCGUUCCUCAGGGGGCACCCCCACAGAAACAAGGACAACUGUUGCUCGGAUCAUGUCCGCAGAGGGUUUGAGUGACGACGGAAGCGACAGUACAACCUCGACCCAGGGCCGCACACGAGUGAGAAUGAAGUUUGCAGCACUGGAUGGAGCUGGGGAUAAAUCACAGCGAUUGGAUGCAAUGUUAACUUGGAUAAGAGAAACAAAGGACGCCAUCGAAAAGGAAGACUUUGGUCUGGAUUUACCAUCUGCACAGAGACACCAACAAAACCACCAUGCUCAACACGAUGCUGUGCUUGCCUUUAAAGACGAACUGGAUAAACUUAAACAACUGGAGGCUGAAGACAGAAGUCUUAGUGAGAAGAUCAUUGAAAUCCACGAAGAAUACGCCGCUCUUGUGAAAAGUUCUGUGAAUCGCAUUAAUUAUCUAAAGAGUCUUGUGGAGUUUAUGAGCGAAGCCACCAAAGAAUUGAUCUGGAUGAACCAGCGGGAAGAGCCCGAGGUCUCACGUGACUGGUCCAUCACAGAUCACGACAUUGAAGAUCUUCAAGCACACGGAGAGAAUCUUGAAUUUGAUGUUCGAGACAGAGAACCUCACUACAAUAUGCUGCUUACCAAAGGAGAGAACCUGGUGCAGAGUGGGCACCCUGCGCCAGAACCAAUAGAGGCGUACCUGAAUGCCAUGCGCAGUCAGUGGUGGUGGCUUACUCAACUUCUCGUCGCCUUCCAGCAGCACGUGAGAAAUGCAGAGAUGUACCAACAGUAUUUCCAAGACGCACAUACCACAGAGAAAAAGAUGAUUCAGUUGAUCGAUCGACUGAACAGUGAAUAUGACGUACAAAACAUAUCGUCACGUGACGCAGCCGAGCAAGCUCUGAAUAAUCUGACGGAAAUGAAGCAAGAACUUGUUGACUUCAAAGAUGUCGUUAGCUCAUUGCAACUUCUGAGUAAAAAGGUAGUUCCCCUGCCACAAAGAAAAUCCAAAUUGAAGGGCAAAGUUUUGGUUGAUCCAGUGUGCAGUUACAAGAAUAUGCAGAAUGUUGUCAACAAAGGUGAAGAAUGUCUACUCCUGGAUAAUUCUGAGCAUCAUUCUUGGAAAAUUACAAAUGCCAGCAGUAGACAGUGUGAAGUUCCAUCCGUAUGUUUUGUUAUUCCUGCUCCAGAUGUGGAAGCUACAGAAUUUUCCACCAGGUUAGAAAUUCAGUAUAAACAUUUACUGACAUUGUGGAGAACAAGACACUGGAAUUUAAAGCAAGCCCUAAGCAAAGAACAAGUUUUUACGCAAGUGAAGAUCAUAAAAUCCACUUCUCCUGAGAAGGGUAAGAUACCACUUCUGGCUGGAUCAAAAGAUGUGGAACAACUAUGGAAAGAAAUCCAAAUGCCUGAUGACCAGGAAAUAGCUGGCAUCACAGAACGGCUAGAACCAGCUUCUGUGUCAUUGAAUGAACAUGCUAUAGAACCAGAGACCAUGUUUGAAACACAAACGGUGCCAACGCUUGACAAGCAAAGUGCUCAGAGCACACUAAAUGAUCUUCUCGCGUGGGUGAACAGAUCUGAAGAGGUCUUGAAAACAAAGUCACUUGAGACGCUAAACCAAAGAAGCCUUUCCAGCACACUUCAGCAAGUUGAGAAAUUGCAAGAGGAGCAGAAACAGAGAACACCGCAGUACGACUCCCUCACACAAUCCGUGGUGACUCAGAUGGAUCCUCAACUACAGAGCAAAUUAGGUUUACUGUCAGAAAAAUGGAGAAAUGUUAAGAAAGAAGCUAACGGUUGGCACAAAAUGCUUGUGUUUUUGCUGAACAUUGCUGAACUGGUAACAGAUCUUGAAAACAGUUUGCGACGUGUUGAAGUGAUCCUUAUUCAACAGCCGGGACUUACUGCUAACUUGAAAGACAUUCAGCAUCAAACAAAAGUGAUACAGGAAAUACUCCAGACCGAAAUAGAACCAAGGAAGGACAAAACGGACGACAUUCGAAGAUCGCUGCCCGACCUCAAGGAAUUUGAUAAGGCUAGAGUCCAGGCUGUUCUCGAGAGAUGGGAAGCAGCUCGGAACGAGAUUGAUAAUCGUCUUGGGGGCCUGGUAAAAGCUGAACACAAACUGGAGCAGUUUCAAGCUGGGUUGCAAAAUGAAUUGGACUGGUUGAAGAGAGUCGAGGAAAAAGUCCAAGACCGGGGCUGGAAUACCGACCCUAGUAAUGCUGAAAGUGUUAUGGAGGAAUUCACAUCUCUCUACACGGAUAUCCGAAGCCAGCAAGUACCAAUCAAAACUCUUUGUACUGUUGGACAUGAAUACACAGAUGAAUCACAGAUGUGGGAAAAGAACCUUGAGGACUAUCGUCACAGCCUGCAUCACCUGCCAGAGUCCCGAGAAGCUGUCAACCCCCUCCUGGAAAGUGCGCAGAAGGGCCGAGAGGAAAUAAUAUCAUCCCUGAUGAGUAUGAACGCCCGAUACGAAAAACUCUUGAAUGAAGUGCAGCUUGCCAUGGAGAACCUUGUGGAGACCUUGAAAAGACACGGAAAAGAACACAAAGAAGUUGAAGAGGCCUGCUUACAGUGGUGCACCUCGAUACAGCACUUACUUGACUGGCUAUCCGACACGGAGAAAAUCCUGCUGACGCAAUCAGCCUCCCCCGCAGAUGUCAAACAAUUAGAAGAGCAAAUUGAAGAACAGAAGCGAUUUACCAAAGCAGUCUAUGAGAGGAAGAAACCGGUGGAAGUUAUGCUCGAGCAGAGCAAGCAGUUCUUGAAAGGCAGCGGUCAGCUUCUAUCGCCCACGAAGAAAGCCGAACUUGACUCGAAGAUGAGCAUAUUGGAAGCGAGGUGGGGACGACUGCAAGCUGAGCUCGACAAUCGGUACAUGAGACUUGUGAGGAUCCACGAAAAGCUAACGAAUUUUGAAGAACUGUUGCAUCCUUUCUUGGCGUGGCUCAAGAAAGCAGAGGAUCAGGCCAGUGCGAUUCUCCUGGAUGCCAAAAAUAUCCAAAGAGCCCAGGACAAACUUCUCAUUCACAAGCAUUUUGUCGACGACGUGAAGGAUCACGAGAAAGACUUAAAGGAGGUAAACCAAAGUGGGGAGGACUUCCUACACGAAGCAAAGGUUUUCCACGCAGAGCUCGAGCGUUCUGUUGCCACAUUAGAAUCCACAGAUGUUGCAUCGCCGGCGCAAGUUAGUAUAGCGGUCCCUAAUGAAAAGUCCUGGGUACUAGAGAACAAGCUUGCUGAUAUUAACGAGCGCUACAGCAGGCUUCUUUUGCUGAUUAGUGAACAAGGAACUAUCUUAGACCGAUCAUGGCGGCAAUUGCGUGAGUAUGACAGUCAAGCCACACAGGUGUUACCCUGGUUGAACAAAGCAGAGGACACAUUAGCCCGGUACAUGGCGCAGCCUGUGAAGUCAGAUCCAACAGCUAUUAAACAGCAAAUCACUGAACUGAAGGUUCUGCAGACAGAGGUGAAUUUACAUCAGGCGGAGAUCGUAGCUGUUGGGGUACUUGGCCACAGUGUCCAAGGAUUGAUUCGAACGCCCGAGUUUGAGCGAGGGAAGACGAUAAGCCAACGAUAUGACGAGCUGUGUGCGAACAUCAGUGUCUACCAGGAAAAGUUGCAGGCAGCGCUCACCACCUCACAGAACUUCAAGGAUGGAUUAGAUGUUGCGAUCAAGGCUCUGACUGAACUUAAGAAACAACUUGACAAAGUUACACCCGUGUCACGCAAUCUGAUUGAACUCAGGAACCAGGCGCAGCGGUUUAAGAUCCUUCAAGUGGAAGUCAACCGAAACGGAACCUCUGUGGAAGCUCUGAACGAAAUGUUUAACUCUCAGAAGAAGAAGCAGAAAGAAUCCAAAUUGAAACAGCUCAACAAACUCUGGGUUGAAGUGUUGGAAAGAUCUGACAAUCGUAAGGAAGAACUCAAGAGUGUGUUUAUCAUGAUCGCAAAAGACUUUGAACGCUGGGAACUGGGUAUGAUCAAGAGGCUCGACGCCGGCGAACUGGUGACUAGUGAUAUCCUGGUGUUUGAGGAGAAGUUACAGCAUUUCCAAGACGAAGUCGAAAAGAUGCGGCCUGCCUUCCAAUCCGUGAACCAGGGAGGACACGAACUGAUUAAUCUGGAAAAAAAUAAGCAACAGUCCAUCAUCCUAGAAACACUAGACCGCGUGAACAAGAACUGGCAGACUCUUGCGAUUAAACUGCUCAAUACCACGGCAAAGUUUGACGAGUUACAGGAACAGUCUGAAAAGUUUUACACUGUGUACAAAACCGUCACUGUGUGGUUGGACACCAUAGAAGUGAGGCUUGUCUCCAUACCUCCCGUGGGUCUGGACCCAGAUGUACUCAGUGCGCAGAUGAAAGAACAGAAGGCAUUGCAAAACGAAGCCGUGAAUUACAAGGCUCAAAUCGAUCUGUUGGUUGGCCUGGGGAAAGUUAUCAUCAGUAUUACAUCUCAGCACCCCGGUGAAACACCUCAGACUCCGCUUGAGGGGGACUUGACAUCAGUGCGCACGCGUUACGAUGACGUGUGGAAACAACUGGAAACGAGAAAUGUCACGUUGGAGACGACCGUGUUGCAGAUGGAAAAAUACAGGAGACUGGUGCGGAAUAUUACAAUUUUUCUGGGAAGGACGGAGAAGAGGUUAGGCAAACUAGAACCCGUGGCGGGAGACACUGAUACCAUUAGACGUCAAAUAUCCGAUCACAAGAAUCUACAAAAAGAGAUUGCCCAGAACAAAGGAGAUGUUGAACUGCUCUUGAAAGCCGGAAAUGAUUUGUUAGAGGACCGAGAAGGUGCUGCUGGAAGUGAAGAAAUCCAGGAAGAAAUUGCCAACGUGAGGAGCCGCAUGGAGUUCAUCGUGGUAGCUUCAAAUGAUCGACAAAAAGAGCUGGAAAGCACCUGGAGUACGGUCAAGAACCUGGACGAAUCAGUCCAGUCUCUCACGGUUCAGAUUAAACAGCGCCGCUCGGAGAUCGAGGCCCUCUUGAGUGAAGACGAUCCCAAGAAUCCUAGCAGACGGGUCAAGGCCUUAAAUCACGAAAUAUCCAGUCUGAAAUACCAGCUGGCCAACACCAAUGAGUCUGGGCAGGAAGUGAUAAGACAUCUGGAGGAUACAGAACAGGACCCAAGGAGUGUCGUCGAUAAGGUGACCGGAGUUAACAACCAGUGGGAUCAACUCCAAACUCAGUUGCUGGAGCUAAAAAAUCGUUUUGAAUUCAAGGAUGAUGAAUCUCCAACAGACAGCGAUUCUUCCCGUCCCUUUAAGGUCACCACAGUCAAAAAGAAUCUCCUUGAUACAUUUGAAGUUCCCAAAUCUGGGAAAACGGAACGUGCUGCUGAAAGAACUAACGUACUCCUUUCACCCAGACCGUUUGAAUUAGGGAAACCAGUGGCAAAAAGUUCUGAUAGUGAUGGGAGAGUGGAAGAUAAGUCUCCCUUUGGAGUAACAGCCGUCGAAAUGGGCACCGUUGAAAGUUUAAACUUUGAAGUCCCAAGUAAAUCUAGACCAGAGACUAAACAGGAAGAAUUUGAAUGGGGAAGGCCCCUUCUUGGCGCCUCUUCUGACGAAGAAGAUUACGAGGACAACGAUGGGGAGACGGUCGUGUUUGAAUCAGCACAACCUGUUUACUUGGAAGAGGAACCAGGCGAGGUAAGUAUUUCAUUGCAGAGUUCGGUAGAUAAAAGUGAUGAUCCUGAUGAAGAAGUCAUCGAGGAAUACGUUGAUGAAGACGGACGUCAGGUAAAGAGAAUUGCUAAAUUAACGACCACCAAGACAAUACUACGAGUAGAACGUCAGAUGCCCGACUUGGAAAUGGAUGUCGAUAUCCCUCCUGAGCCAAAAGAAGAGGUACAGGAGUACACAGACGAGCACGGACAACGGAUAACAAGAGUAAUGCGCACUUCUCAUACCACUACAAUGAAAACAGUGCUGCGAGAUGGAUCAAUGAAGGUUGUCCUGAAACCUGAUGAUGUCGAUGAUUCCAAGCUUAGAGAAGAUCCCGAGGAAGGAGAACAGAUAGUGAUGAUUGCCUCCGAUGCUGGUCGUCGCACACAGAAGCUCAGAAAAUCAGUUUUCACGACUCAGUUGAAAGGAACAUUACAACCUGUUACCGUUGCGUUCCCGUCGGAAGAAGAAUCCGAUAUGCCGUCACCCAAACUACCUGCGGAGUCUGGAAUGGAAGUUGGAGACGAGGAUGAAAGAGGCGAGCCAGAAGAAAGGCCAGAAGUUAAAGAAAACGUGUUUUCUGUGCACUUCGAGAAAAAAGUGAUAAUUCCUGAGUUGAGUUCAUCGUUUGAGGAGAUUCCACAAUCCAAUUUACUGCCAACGAAAACAGAUGACCAGUCACCAAAGGCGAUUGACGAAAAUAAAGAUGACAGAGGACCCCAAGUGUUUGAAUCAGCGGCACCUGUCUAUCACGAUUUGGUCCCUUCACCAGAUGAUAGAACGGAGGAAGAGUCACCAGAGGAGGUUGAAGAAUAUCUCGAUGAAAAUGGUGUUCGUGUUAGGAGAAUUGUGAGACGUUAUGUUACUACAACUGGUAUAAGGAGACAGCAGAUUGAACCAGAGAAAGUUGAGUUUUCUAUAGCGCAAACAGGAGAUGGAUCACCGGAACAAGUCGAAGAAUAUAUCGAUGAAAAUGGAGUUCGUGUAAGGAGAACUGUGAGACGUGAUGUCACUACAACCAGUAUUAGGAAACAGAAGAUGGAACCAGAGAAAGUCGAGUUUUCUAUAGCACAAACAGGAGAUGGUUCACCGGAACAAGUCGAAGAACAUAUCGAUGAAAAUGGAGUUCGUGUAAGGAGAACUGUGAGACGUGAUGUCACCACGACCAGUAUUAGGAGACAGCAAAUUGAACCAGAGAAAGUUGAGUUUUCUGUAGCGCAAACAGGAGAUGGAUCACCGGAACAAGUCGAAGAAUAUAUCGAUGAAAAUGGAGUUCGUGUAAGGAGAACUGUGAGACGUGAUGUCACUACAACCAGUACUAGGAAACAGAAGACGGAACCAGAGAAAGUCGAGUUUUCUAUAGCACAAACAGGAGAUGGAUCACCGGAACAAGUCGAAGAACAUAUCGAUGAAAAUGGAGUUCGUGUAAGGAGAACUGUGAGACGUGAUGUCACCACGACCAGUAUUAGGAGACAGCAAAUUGAACCAGAGAAAGUUGAGUUUUCUGUAGCGCAAACAGGAGAUGGAUCACCGGAACAAGUCGAAGAAUAUAUCGAUGAAAAUGGAGUUCGUGUAAGGAAAAGUGUGAGACGUGUUGUCACUACAACCAGUAUAAAAAGAGAAGGCCAGCAGAUUGAACCUGAAGAGGUUGGACUUACUUUACCGCAAACAGGAGAUGAAUCACCAGAAGAAGUUGAAGAGUAUAUCGAUGAAAAUGGAGUUCGCGUAAGGAGAAGUAUGAGACGUGUUGUCACUACAACCAGUAUAAAAAGAGAAGGCCAGCAGAUUAAACCUGAAGAGGUUGGACUUACUUUUCCGCAAACAGGAGAUGAAUCACCAGAAGAAGUUGAAGAGUAUAUUGAUGAAAAUGGAGUUCGUGUAAGGAGAAGUGUGAGACGUGUUGUCACUACAACCAGUAUAAAAAGAGAAGGCCAGCAGAUUGAACCUGAAGAGGUUGGACUUACUUUACCGCAAACAGGAGAUGAAUCACCAGAAGAAGUUGAAGAGUAUAUCAAUGAAAAUGGAGUUCGUGUAAGGAGAAGUGUGAGACGUGUUGUCACUACAACCAGUAUAAAAAGAGAAGGCCAGCAGAUUGAACCUGAAGAGGUUGGACUUAUUUUACCGCAAACAGGAGAUGAAUCACCAGAAGAAGUUGAAGAGUAUAUUGAUGAAAAUGGAGUUCGUGUAAGGAGAAGUGUGAGACGUGUUGUCACUACAACCAGUAUAAAAAGAGAAGGCCAGCAGAUUGAACCUGAAGAGGUUGGACUUACUUUACCGCAAACAGGAGAUGAAUCACCAGAAGAAGUUGAAGAGUAUAUCAAUGAAAAUGGAGUUCGUGUAAGGAGAAGUGUGAGACGUGUUGUCACUACAACCAGUAUAAAAAGAGAAGGCCAGCAGAUUGAACCUGAAGAGGUUGGACUUACUUUACCGCAAACAGGAGAUGAAUCACCAGAAGAAGUUGAGGAGUAUAUUGAUGAAAAUGGAGUUCGUGUAAGGAGAAGUGUGAGACGUGUUGUCACUACAACCAGUAUAAAAAGAGAAGGCCAGCAGAUUAAACCUGAAGAGGUUGGACUUACUUUACCGCAAACAGGAGAUGAAUCACCAGAAGAAGUUGAAGAGUAUAUUGAUGAAAAUGGAGUUCGUGUAAGGAGAAGUGUGAGACGUGUUGUCACUACAACCAGUAUAAAAAGAGAAGGCCAACAGAUUGAACCUAUAGAGGUUGGAUUUACUUUACCGCAAACAGGAGGUGAAUCACCAGAAGAAGUGGAAGAAUAUGUUGAUGAAAAUGGUGUUCGUGUGAGACGCACCGUCACAACCACAAGUAUAAUACGUAAAUCUGGCGACGAACAGAAAAAAGAUCUGGGUACAAAGGUAUUUGAGUCGGCGGCACCUGUUUAUCUCGAGACAGAAGAUGUUGCACCAACAACAAUAUCCCACACAGAACAUGACGCGCCAGAAGAAUUUGAAGAGUAUGUUGACGAACACGGUGUACGGAUCAGAAGAGUUGUGACACGAACAGUAACAAGAACUGUGCAUCAUGGAAGUGUUGAAGGGACGAUCGGAAUGCAAAGGCCAGUAGAGGAAGUGGUUCCAUAUGAGGAAACUGAAACUGUGGAAACAAUCACACCUGAAUCCGCUGUCUUUAAUCAAGCUGAGCUUACAUCUUCCCGGCGAGUGUCCAUUCCAUACCAAACAACCGUCGUACAACGUUACCUUGUCGUUAUUGAAACACUUUAUCAAUAUGUAUUGGAGCACAAAUCGUUGAUCUUCAUCUACAGCUCAAGACACAUGCGGUUUAAUUUUGUUCUGGAGAAUUUCCUGCAGUGGAUGCUCACAACUUUGAAAAAGUUGAGCUGGAUGAGGGCCGUUUCGUGGAAAGUGGAUGAAAUCAAGACGCAAUUGCAAGAAAUCAAGGACAUUGAAAACGAAAUCGCUGAUCGAGCACCAAUCAUUGAAAACUUCACCAAAGUCAGCGAGGUCCUGGUUGAAACUGCGCAACCUGGCGACAAAGAGGAACUUUCCAGAGAGGUGAAUCACGUGACCGAAGCCUUGAGCAGCAUCGUGGAUAGGACCGCGGACCGACGGAGAAGCUUGGAAAAUGUUGCGCCUCUGGCGGACGAUUUCCAUGAUGCCUUACAAAACCUGUCAGAAGUGAUUUCUAAAAUUGAAGACAAACUGAAUACCCAGCGUGCAUUCGGAGCGGAGCCUGAAAAGAUCCAGGAGGAGAUUGAGAAGAUAAAGAACUUACAAUCAGAACUAAACAAUUCAGCGGAAAGAGCUCACGUUACUGGGGAAGCUCUCCUGAGUCUGCAAGAUCCUUCCACAGACAUGGCAGCGGUGCGCAGUCAAAUGGAUGCGCUGUCAAGUCGGGUAGAUGCACUUAAGGGUAAGAUGACCCGGUUUGAAGAACAUUACGACGAGCACAUGCGUAAAGCCAAUGAGUUUCAGUUGGCGGUUGAAAGGCUUCUUGCCAAGUUCGGCGGGAAAAAGGAGGAGCUUCUAGCAAUAGACAUAGACACCACAGAUGGACAGGCCGUCAAGAAACGACUUGAGGAGCUGGAGGCUUUUCACGAAGAGAUCAGUAAACACAAGCCACUGCUUACGACAGCGACUCUGACUGGUGAUUGGCUCAUCAGGAACGCGCACAGAUCAAGCGCCUUGUUACCAAACGGAGAACCCGAGAGUGAAGCCAUCCCACGCGAUGUCCAAGAAAAGCUGGACAUGAUCAAAGAAAACUUCCAUGUCCUGGAGAUAAAAAUCCGCGAACAAAGACUUUACCUGUCUUCCCUGUCACGUCAGCAGGAGCAGAGACUGUUCGCUCUUCCAGUUGACCAUCAACCUGUAGAGGAAGCCCUGAAUCAUUUUAUUUCUUGGCUUUCUCGUGCGGAGGAGGUGGCCUCGAACUAUAAGCCCUUGAAACCUGAUCUGAUCACACUCAAAGACGAGGAGAUAGCAAUCACAGCCGACAGACGCGACGUACUGAUGCACGAACCGAGCUACAACAGCCUCGUCCGAAAGGCCACUGAAUUCUUGCAGAAGUCAGGCCCAGGACCGAAACAAGAUGAAAUCAGCGCCAAAGUGGAAGAUGUGAAGAAGAGAUGGGAAGAGCUCAAGAAGACAACAAACGAACGACAUGCACAAAUCGCUGAUGUUUUACCGCUGGCUCAAAAAUACCACGACAAUUCGCAGAACGUGAAGGAUGUGGUGACACUAGCUGAAACUGAGUUAGGAUCAUAUCUUGGUGUGUCGCCCGACGUAGAGAUAGCAAAACAAGAGUUACAGAACAUCAAGGGUGUCCUAAAAGCUGUAGAAAAACGCGAACGCGACGUCAAGCGAAUGAACGAGGUCGGCGCCGAGUUGGCCGAAAAACUCGACAAUUACCACGGGAUGUCACGCGAAGCGCGCAACGAUCAGCAAACAACCAAUGAUCGUUACGAACGGAUUCGAUUGGAGCUGCUUAACCGCGAGAAGCUGAUUGAAGCGCAAGUCAACUCCUCGGAUCAAUUCAUGACUGCGCUGCAGGAGUUAGAAAUGGACUUAACUGGCGUGGACGCUGCCAUCGCGGAUGAAUCAGUCGGUAGUGACAGUGAAGAACUAAAGCGACAGUUGGCUGAGCUUCAGGCCUCUAAGGUCGCUUUAGCUCAGCGACGCCCCAAAUUAGGCUCGUUACAAUCGGAUGGACUGGCACUGAUGAAGGACAACAAAGAAAACGAAAAGUUUGUGGAUGCAACCAAGUCCAAAGUUCAAAGCGUUACAGAUCUGUACUGCAACAUUGAGGACAGAAUCAAAAAUCGGAUCGCGCAAGUACAAACUGCUCUCUACCGCUGUCAAGGAUUCAACGAGGCGCUAGACGACUUUGAAAGAUGGCUGUAUGACACCGAGAGUCGAUUCCAGGCCCUUGGCAUGCUGUCAAUCAAGCCAAGUGUGAUCAAGAAGCAAGGUUCUGGACUGAAGGUCAUCAAAGAAGACAUCGAACUCCAUGCUCUUCUGUACGAAGAACUCAGAAAAGCAGGUUUUGACAUGCUAACACGGGCAGACUCCAUACCCGACAAAAGCAACAUAGAGUUAAGACUUGCGGAUGUGAAAAACCGCUGGGAAAGCUUAAGAGCGGGGAUUGACGAGCGGAAUAGGAGUCUUGGUAAACUGGUACCGAGCGUAUUUGGCUACGUGGAAGUGCGAAAGGAGGUGAUCACGUGGUUAAGCGAGAGCGAGAAGAAAUUUGACGAACUGGCUUUGGGAUUCGGUGACGUAGGCGACCUCACAAUCAUGUCACAGAAACAAGAACAACUCAAGGCUUUGCGUGAGGACAUGGAGAACCACAGACCAGUGUUCCAGAACCUUUUGACCAUGUCCGAGGCUUUGAUUGGCGUGUGUCAUGAGCUGUUAAUCAAUAACGACGUUGUCAUGGUGAUCGGUGAAGUGGAGGAGGUUAAGAGACGAUGGGAGGCGUUAAAUACGAAAGUGCUCGGUGGAGAAAAAGAACUGAGAAAUUCCAACAAGACCCUUGCAUUGGUGCAAGAAGCGUUACAACCGAUGCAACAAGUCAUGGCUGAAGCAGAGGGUAUUCUGGGAACCGAGCCUAAAGUCGGCUUUAACAUCGGACAAGCUAAGGAAGAACUCAUCAAAGUUAACAAAUGCAUUGACGUGUUGGAAAAGACGGAAAUAAAGUUACUGAGAUUGUCCAAGCAGGUUACCAACAACGAGUAUAUCAUCACUAUUAUCAAAGACAACAGAGUCAUGCAGAUUCGCUUGAAAGAGAGAAAAGUCAAACUGGAGAAGUACAUCCGGACCGUGGAAGUUUUCCAGGGAGCUGGAAAUGAGAUUGAGACGAAAGUGAUGGGUAUCAUGAGUUUUGUUUCAGUUGAGGUCGUUGUCACAGACUUAGACAACAUCCGGGACCAAUUACAACACGUACAGAAUCUGGAAGAGGAGGUUGUCAUUCAUCGAAGAAAAAUUGACACUAUGGAAGAGACUGGCGAAUGGAUCAUCAGAGAAAACAACGGCGAACCCGAAGUCAUCAGCGAAGUUCACUCGAGCAUCAACCGAGCGAAGUCGACCAUCAACGAAGUGACGGUGAAAUUGACGGAUCGUCGCCGAAGACUCGAAACGGCGCUGACGGAGAAACAACGAGUGUUUGACACCUUUGAUGACUUUGACAGAAGGGUUGUAAAGCUGGACAAGUCUCUGACUCGAGCUAAACCUGUAUCAGCCGAGUUUGUCGUCAUAAAAGAACAGAGAGCAUCUCAUGAGAUCGUCACUCGAGAAGUAGGCCGCCUUCGCCCAAUCUCCGACUACCUCUUCCCAGCUGCAGAGAGUCUUCUUGGCAAAGCUGAGGAAGCCCCGGAUAAGAAACAAUUUGAAACCCGUGUGGUAGCCACCCGUUCCCUUUGGGAAGGAGUGCGAGUUAGAAGCGACAAUCGACACGUUGUCAUUGAGCAAGUGUUUCCAUUGGCCCAUAACUACGAUGACGCGUACCGCGCAUUGAACAUUUGGCUCAGAGAGACAGAACAGAAAGUCAUCAACCUCACUCCAGUUCUUUGCAAUUUCGAAAGCUUGAAUGGUCAACGCAAGAAUUUAACGGCUCUUCAAGAGGACGUCAAAAACCACGCACCGGUUUACGAGUUUUUCAUUUCAGCGGCGACGGCCCUCAGCAACGCUUGUGAUGCAGCUAACAUCACAGAAGGAUUGGAACCCAUCAAAAUGCUCAACCAAGAAGUAUCAAAUCGCUGGCAAGUCAUGACAGCUGUCGUGGAGACCAAGAAGAGCGAGAUUGACAAUGUCCAUCAGAAACUGAAGCAGUACGAAGACGCUGCUGAGAAAGUCAAACGCAUGUUGAACCGCGCCGAAACCACUUUGGCUUCCCCAAGUGAAUUAGGAGCAGAUGUAAACAAAGCGAAAGCCAACAGAGACACAGUAAAGACGUUAUUGUCGGUGUUUGAGAAUGGUAAAGAUGACGUCGAUUCCCUCAAUGAGGCUGGCCAGAAGCUUGUUCACAGCGUGGAUCAUCAACUGGUGAACUCUUCGCCCGUACAGGAUCAGCUCUCUGCUUUGAAUGCUUCUUAUAAAGACCUUUACGACAAACUGGGGGCAGAAGAACUUAAACUCGAACAGGUGAUCGAGAAUGCAGAGGAUUUCCAGACUGCUAUUUUUGAAUUUGAAGCCUGGCUGCCCAAAGUUUCAGCCGCAGUUCAGCAGUUCGAGCCUAUUUCCUCUAAUCUGGGUGGAAUCAAAAAACAACUGAAGGAAGCUGAGGAUUUGCAUGACACUUUAGAGGAAAAGAAACCGCUGUUAAUAUCCGCUGAAGACUGUGGUCACAGACUUGUUGAAGUAUGUCCUGAGGAACAGACUAUAGACGAUGUGGUCGCCACCAAACUGGACCCAUUACAAAAGGCUUACGAAAUACUUUCCGCUGCGGUGGUGGAGAGAGUUGGCCAACUUCAGGUGAAGCUUGUUCAGUCCCAGGAGCUUGACGCGUCGCUUGCUGACGUCAUUCGUUGGUUGGUGGAAAUGGAGAAGACACUGAAUCGACAGGAACCCAUCGUAGUGCAGCCUGGGAAAGUCAACAGACAGAAACAAGAUCAAGAGGUGUUAUGUAAAGAGAUUGCCAGUGAACAGCCAGUGAUCCAACAGGUUGAUAGUAACGCCAACCAUGCAAUGGCAUCUAUGCCAAACGGGCCAGAGCGUGACAUAUUCAAGUACAAGCUAGCAGACAUCGACCGUCGCUUCGCUGCCGUGACGGAAAAAUCCACCCAAAGAAAGCAAACUUUAGACUCACUCCAGCCUCUAGCAGAGCAAUACAGUGAGGUUUUUCAGGCGUUUACUCUUUAUUUGGAAGGCGCAGAAGAAAAAGUGGAGUCACUGAAGAAAGUACCACGUGACGAUGAGAGUGCUGCUCGUCACAAAGCUGAAGCACAGGCAUUCGUAGAAGGAGUGGAGAACCACAAGGGUGUUCAUCAAAUGUUAAACAUGGCUUCAAAGGCCCUAAUUGAUUUUUGUGAGAACAGCUCUCUCACUGUAGACACGUCACACAUUAUAGAUGAAGUUCAAGAUGCUAAUACGCGCUACGAUAAGCUCUCCAGGGCAAACUUUGAUUUAGAGAAGCAGACCCGGGUUGCUGAACAGAGUAUUGAACCAUACCAAAAGGCUCUGGAACCUGUCGAGUUGACGUUUAUCGCAGUUGACAGUUAUCUUGAGUCUGAGCCCGCUAUCGGGUUGGACGUGGAAAAGGGCAAAGAAGAACUAGUGAAAGUUGAGGAACUUCUGAGCACUCUUGAGGAACAGAAAGCUGAUCUGGAGGUGGUCGAAAUGUCAGGCCCUCCACGGGUCGAACAAGCUGUGGAUUUAGCUGAAGAACUGGCCACUGUGUCUCAGAAAUAUGAGAUGAACGUCAACAAGUUAAAACGCCAAAAGGUUCGAUUGACAAAACACGUGGAGAAGCUAAUUCUGUUCAUGGAGGUGCAUCGCGAAAUCGAGAAGUGGCUGGAAGGAAUGUCAGAAACGAUCAGCGGAUUAUUACCCAUCAGUGAAGACAGCGACGAGGCCAAAGCACAACUGGCUAACACUAAGGGUCUUAAUGACGAAUUCCAGAAAUACCGCGCAAAGCUUGACGUGCUCGAAGAAAUCACUGAUUACCUCAUAGUAGCAGAAAAAGAUGAUCCUACUCUUGUUGCUGAACUAAGAGAGAAGUUCAGCGCGGUGGAAGAGCCCUUUGAACGCCUACACUCUGUUGUGCUACAAAGACAAGCCCGUCUGCAAAACAUAGUCAUUAAUAGUCAAGACUUUCAACUGUCACUGAGUGAAGCUCAAAACAAUCUGAAUGAAUUUGAAAGGAGCGUUGCUCAGCUAGAGCCCAUCAGUGCCAUUUACGAGGUGGUUCAACGACAGAAAGAAGAUCAUGAGGGUCUGUACCUUGAGAUCACCUUGAGAGAGGUUGUGUUCAACGAACUUCUCAAACUCGGUCGCGAGGUCCUGGAAAAGACUGCCCCAGGCCCAAACCGUGAAGCUCUUCAAAAGGACCUGAAUGACGUCGAAAGCCGGUGGACGGAAGUGUUUUACAGCACAACAGAAAGGCAGGAGGAACUCGAGGAAAUUGUACCACUGGCUCAGAAAUACUCUGAUUCAGUCAGUGAUUUACUUCCAUGGCUAACAGAGACCGAACAGAUGGUUGCAGAUUGUAACGCGAUGAUUGUUUGUGAAAAACAUGCGCUGAUAAGGGAGCAAACAUUUCUUAAGUACUUGCAGCAGUUCUUACAGGAGGAUAUAGAAGGACAUCGCCCAAUCUACCGCUCUCUUGUGGACAGUUCAGAUGACCUGCUUGAAAGCUGCGAAGAUCUGUCCGUCACCGAAGGAGUGAUGCAAAUAAAGGAUGACGUCAAAGAAAUGAUUGACAGAUGGAGCCAGGUAAACCAGUUCUAUCAGGAGAGACGGCGUCAAGUAGCGGAAGCUUCGCAGGUGGCGAAGAAGUACAGAGGCUUGCUGCUACCAGUUGAAAACGAACUUAAAAGAGUGGCGAGAAAAAUGGAGGAUUGUGAUUACGAAGGAGUAAAUAUUGACGUUGGAAAGAAAAAGCUUGAGACUGUUAAGGCUAUCCAAGGCGAAAUCUCUGAGUUGGAAUCCCAGCUUGAAUCACUAGGUGAACAACUUAAAGACGAAGGCAAAGCUCACUUGGAUCUGAUGCCUGUCAAACAACGAUUGUCUGCGCUCACUCAGCGGUGCAUCGCUCUACGGAGAGAUGCUAAUGAAAGGAUGGUGAAACUUGAGAGAAUUCUGAAGGAAUUGACUACGUUUGUGACAGCCACCGGGGAAUUGAGAGUGUACUUGGAUGGCGCAUUCAAGGAACUCGACAGCUUGGGACCUAUUCAUAACGAUGCAGAGGUUAUUACAAAGCAGCUGAAAGAAGUGCAAGAGCUCCAAGCCGAGGCCAAUGCCCAGGUUGGCGUUUUAUCAUCAGCCGAGGUAGCUGCGACAACCAUCUGCUCUGAAAGGAAAGACGACCUAAAGGCCACUCAUGACAUCAACAAGUCACUAGCUGAAGUCCAAACACCCAUGCUAGACCUACUGGAGAGACUUCAGUCACGUGAGCAGGACUUGAAGAGUGCCCAGGAACAUCUAGAAGCUUACAAGGCACAGCUAGAGCCUGUUCAAGAGGUGUUCUUUCAGGUUGAGUCCUCCGUGGAGGCUCAGGCCCCGGUCGAUUUAAACAAAGGCGAAGAUGAACUUGGCAAAGUGGAUACGAUGAUCAAAGAAAUGGAAGAGAGCGGUAAACAAGUACGCCUGAUGAGGAAGUCAAGCCAGCAGCUUUUGCGAGUCAUGGACAUUCAGUCGGAGCCUGGUACCGAGGUACAGACGGAAGUGGCUAAAGUCACUCACAAGCAACGUGAUCUCAGGUCCAGUCUCAGGCUUCGACGCUCGAAAGUUGAGAAGAGCCUGCAAUUGUAUGGAGAAUUCCUGGAACAGAUUGAGAAGGUCGAAAAGUGGUUGCCAGAGGGAGCGGAACGGGUAAAGUCAUUAGAUCUCACUGGCGGUGACCCUGAGACGAUUAGAAAAGAGCUGGACAAGCUCCAGAAUGUAAGAGAUGAAGUGCAAGCGAAUGAAACGUCAUUAGACAACACUAAGGCUUUAGCGGACAAAAUCAAAGAGCUCAGUGGUGAAGACCCUACCAUCAACAAAGACCUGGACGAACAGUUGCAAAAAGUGGAGCCACCGAUGAACGAGCUUAUUUCGCUCCUCGACGCACGACAGACCGAGUUUCAGACGGCACUGCUGCAAAGUCAGGAGCUUAAAGAUUCCUUGGAUGAGUUCGGUGGCUGGCUAGCGGCUACUGAAAACCUUUUGAACCUUCAAGGACCGGUGUCAGCCAGACACAAGGUCAUUGUCGACCAACAAGACAAGCUGCAGGUGCUUGAAAAAGAUGUUGAACAGCACAUGCCAGUUCACGAACACGUUAUGGAAAAAGGAAAAGCAAUGCUGGACAGUAUGAAACCUGGACGUGAGAAAGACAAUCUGCAACAGAAGCUUGAAGAUCUUGAUACUCGCUGGAACCAACUCUCUGAAAAUAUCAGUCAACGAAACCAGAAGCUGAAGAACGUAGAACCUUCUGCAAGCAAAUAUGUCAACAGUUUUGAACCCUUCACAAACUGGUUAGCAGAAUCAGAGGAGCGUUUGAAAAGUUGCGAAAAGAUCCCGGAAGAUGAAGAGAGUACUACACAACAAAUUGAGCUGUUAGAGACUUUACAACAUGAAAUUCUGCUACACAUGUCAGAACAUCAGACAUUCACAGAAACAUCCACUCGCCACACGGACAUAUGCAAUGACAAGGAGGUGACAGCUGAUUUGUCAGUUUUAGAAGAGGAGAUCGCAUCCGUUGAUAAGCGAUGGAAUGAAUUGUGUGCCACUGUUGGCGAACGCCUCCGGACUUUAGAGAACGUGCAAGAAGAUGUCCAUCGACAUCAGCUGUUGCUUAAUGUCGUGAAGAAAACACUCAUAGAGCUUGAACAGAUUGUGUAUGUUGAGUAUAUCUUGGUCUUGGAUCAGAAUAAAGCUAAGCAGGAUCUUGCAGAAGUUAAGAAAUCUAUUGUGCUUCUUAAAAAUCGACGACCGGAUUUGAAAGAUCUUGAAAAUAGCGGAAAAGCUUUAACAGAAAAGACUGGCUCACCUGAAUGGCAGGAAAACGUGGCAGUCAUGCGUCAAAAGUACAACACCCUGGAAAUCAAGUUACACGAACGGGAAGACUUCAUGGAGAGAGUUGUCCGUCACAUUGUUGUCUACACGACAAACACUAAGAAUGUUGAAAGGUUCAUUCCGAAGGUUAAAGAAGAGAUUGCCAGUCUGCCACCCAUCAGUACCGAACCAGAAGUGGUCCAAGAACAACUUCAACAAGCUGAGCAGUUGCAGUCCUCUCUUGUUGACGAGCGGGUCUCACUUGACGGCGCUCAGGAAGCCGCUGAUUGGUUGGCUGCAAACUGUGACUCAGAACCUCUAGCGAAGGAAGAACUGAAGGCCAGAGUUAGAGUUUCUAAAGAAGCCAUAGACGAGCUCAUGGCUGUUAAUAACGAAAGGCAAAACGCUUUGAAGUGCGCGCUAAUGCAAUCCAAGGAGUUCAAGGCUGUUUCAAAUGACUUCCUCAUCUGGCUUAAUGGUGUGGAAGACAGGCUUGCGUCUCAACCUCCUGUGACGUCAGACACAGACUCCAUCCGGGAACUUAAAAAGGAUCACGUGCCUGUCAAUGAAGACGUACAGCAACAUGAGCUUGUGUUGGCCGCCUUAAAGAAGUCAGCAGAUGAUGUCCUUCAAGCGACGGAGCCUGGUAAAGAGCGUGAAAGAGUAGAGCAAAGAAUGGCCCAAAUUCAAAGCAGAUGGGACAAUGUUCAAAAGAACACCACUGACCGUAAGACUUUGCUAGACCGGAUAGACCCUGCGGCGCAGGAUUAUGGAGAGAGCUUGCAUAGCUUCUUGUCCUGGUUGGUAACCGCCGAAAAGAAUACAGCUCUGCUGAAGUAUGUUCCAUGUGACAGAAAGGGCCCUCAAAAGUACGAAGAGUUACUGAAAGAGAUGGAGAGUGACCUGCAAGAAAAGGAGAGCGCUCUCAUUGAAUUAGAUCAGAUCGCGCGCUCGUUAUUGGAAUUCAACCCAGCAGACGCCAACAUCGUGAAUGCACAAGUACAGGACGUACGGAAUCGGUAUGUUGCGCUUCAAGGCAUCCUCCUAGAGAAAGCAAAUAAACUUGAGAAGAUCAAACAGCUUUUAGAAAACUUCAACUUCCGCAGACACGCUGUUGAGGAGCUGGUUGUGCAGGGCGUUGUCGUGUCCGCCUACAAAACACCUUUAAUGGACGCCGACAAAAUUGCCGAGGAACUAGCCUUGAUCCAGGAGUUACUUGAUGCUUUCGCUGAUCAAGAAGAAGAGUUGGUAGUGGUUCAAAGUGUAGGAAUGGAGCUCUUAGACCUCUUGGAGGAUGAUUCCCCAGAUGCCGCCAUUAUCAGAAACCAAGUAGAUGCUUUGUAUACACGAUUCCAUGUGACAAGAGAUCAUUUACAGCGAAGACGAGCGCAGCUGGAGAAGCACAACCAGCACCUUGUGCCCUUCAGGGAAAACAUCGAACAGCUAGAAAACUGGUUUGAAACCUUCAGUGCGACCGUUGAAGACCUAGAACCAGUCAGCACCGAACCGGAGAAACUGAAAAAGCAGUUGGCUGAAGCGGAGGAACUGCAGCGUGAAAUACAAGAAAAGACAUAUCUUCUGAAGAGUGCGCAAACAGAAGGAGAGUGGAUGAUGGAACAUAGCAAAGAAGACGAAGACAUGGUGAUUGAUGUGGUGACCAUUCUAAGUGGAUGCCAUGCCAAGAUGGAUCGCGUGACCGCUUAUAUUGAUCAGAGACAUUCUCGACUGCAGAGCGCAGUCAUCGCGAGUCAGAGCGUCGAGGUAACCUUCGCUGAGUUUGUCGAUGACUUGAGUAGGAUUGAAGAGCAGCUUGCUGGCAUGAGGCCAAUCUCUGUGGUCCGUGAUACACUAAAGGAGCAAGAACGGCAGUUUGAGAUCAUGAAAGAUGACGUCAAAGAUUUAGACGAACUAGCUAACGAGCUAAUUUCCCGCGUGGAAAAUGUGUUGGAGAACGCUGAGCCCAGCCCAGACCGCGAUGCAUUACAAACAAGAUUCGAAGAUAUGAAGGCUAAGUGGGGUGACGUCAAAGAUAAAGUUAGCGCUAGAGAAACAGAAAUUGAAGAGCGAGCCCCAGUCCUUCAUGACUACCACGAUAACAUGGAGGACUUUGUCGCGUGGUUGACAGACCUUGAUAACAAGAUCUCAUCACAGAGCCCUGUUUCAUGUGAUCCGAAGAUGAUAGCUAAACAGCUCCAGCAGGUAGAAGCUCUGAACAAAGAUCUUGAAUUACACAAGCCAGAAUUUGAGACCGUGAAAGAGAUUUCCUCUGAUGUGAUCAAACGCCAGCCAGAUGAUGUGUAUGUUGUCGAGGCGCAAUUGCAGUACGUUAUCAAGAUGUGGGAAAGCGUUUCUUUCCGCCUUAAGGACAGGUCAGACCAAAUUAACAAUGUCAAGGACAUUGCAGAGGAGUAUCAGAAGGCCCAGAGACCUGUGCGCGCUCUGUACGCAUGGGCAGAAGAGGCUAUAGUACCGGCAGAGGCAAUUGGUUCGAACAUUGAAAGAGCUAAACAAGAACUGAACAACACAAAGGCGUUGCUCAACCUGAUGGCCACGCGUGAAGCUGAUAUGAAACAGGCACAGAGACUCGGCCAGAAUCUGGUUCUAAACUCAGAUUCUGCAUCUCCAGAAGUCUCAUCACUCAAACAGGAAGUUAGAGAGAUCCCAGAGAAGUACGCGGACCUUAAGAACCAGCUCACAGAACAACAAGAGCAGCUGGAGAGAAUCAUCCAGGAUAGUUCAGUGUUCCAAAAGCAAAUCAGAGAGCUGGAGCUGUGGGUCACGGAAGUCUCUGAGAGCACAGCUAUGCAAGAGCCUAUCAGUACUAAUCCGAAGGUUGUGCACAAACGUCUGGAACAGACUGAGAACUUGCAAAACGAGAUAGCCAAGCAACGUGCCGCAUUGGAUCGUACGAAUGACCUUGGUAAGGUGAUCAUAGACAACAGUGGUGAUAAUCCUUUGGUGGUUGCUGAUGUACAAGGGAAACUAACCAAGGUUCGUGUUCAGUUGGAUCGCUUGGAUGCCAGAAUCGAACAACGCCAUGCUAUUUUACAGAACAUCCUGCUUCAGAUUCAGGUCUAUGAUGUGAUGUUGGAUGAGUUCGUUACCAAACUUGAAGAGAUGGAAGAUGAAGUGAACAAGUUCAGGCCAAUUUCUGCCAUCCUGGAAAUCGUAAGCGAGCAAAAAGAACACAUCCAGCGAAGUGUCAGCGACAACAUCACGAGGAAGCAACCUGUGUUCGAUAAGAUCUUGGAAGAUGGGCAUGGCAUGUUGGAAAGAAUGGAAGCAGGCGACGAGAAGGACGCGCAGAAGGAAAAACUAGAACAGAUGGAAACGCGGUGGAAUGAGAUCAAGGAGAAAACAGCUGACAUGCAGAAGCGUGUUCAGGUGGUUCAUGAAGCUUCUCAGAAGUAUGACCAGAGGGCGACAAACUUCAGGGAGUGGCUCCAGGACGCAGAGAAGAAAGUAAGCAAGAUCUAUCCUGUUUCAUGUGACGAUAACGAAUUGGAUGAAAGGCUUGUAGAACUUGAUGGACUUGCUUCUGAAAUAGAGUCGCAUAAUUUAGACUUCGAUGAGUUGAACGAGUCGGCCAGCACUCUUACGGACGUGUGUCAAGCGGAUGGUGAUGUGAUCAAAGCAGAUUUCAACGAGCUUAAGAGCCGCUGGGACGCAUUACAGACUGCGGUGCUGGAGAAAAAAAUCAAAGUUGAAGAAGCCAAAGAGGCUUUUGAGAAGUACCAGAGUGCCUUGCAGCCUGUACAAGAGGCUUUUACUCAAGCAGAAGACGCUUUGGCUUCCCAUAAGCCAGCGGGAACUGACGCUGACAAAAUCCAACAAGAACUGGAGCAGAUAAAGGCCCUGGUAUCUACUCUGGAUGAAAGGAAAGGAGAUAUAAAGCAGCUGAAUCAGUCUGGUCAGCAGCUUUUGCAACAAGCUGAAGACGACGCGCCGUCCACCCUGAGUGUAAAGGAACAACUGGUAAGCACUAACGGCAAAUUUAAAGACUUGCCUACCAGACUCAGCGACAGACAAAAGGAACUGGAGAAAGCGCUUGAGGAUACAUUGCAGUUCAAUUCAUCACUGGCAGAAAUAGAACAGUGGCUGCCAGAAACUGUCGAAACUGUUGAAGCCCUUGAACCUGUAAGUUCAGAACCGGAAAAUAUCAAGGAGCAAAUCAGAGAGACCGAAGCCCUGCAUGAUGGGGUGAAGAGAUAUUUGGUGCGCCUGUGCGUUGUGGAAGAGACAGGUCAGCGGCUGAUCGAGGACAGUAUGCAGAAUCCUGACGCUGUAGCAGACAUUCAAAACAACAUGGAGAAAGCUCGCCAACCACUUGAUAAACUCAGUGCAAAGUUGGAACAGAGAAGUCUUCGAUUGCAUGACGCCAUGAUGCAAUCUCAAGAAUUCCAAGAAGUGUACGACGAUUUCAUUGCUCGUUUAGGGACUCUCGACGACAUCCUUCAAAGCCAAGAGCCGAUUUCUCCGGAUUAUCCAACAACAAGACGCCAAAAGGACGAAACAGAAGAGUUCAGUGAAAACAUCGCUCAGAUGCAGCCAGUUUUAGAUAAACUUUUAGCUGUAGGGGAUAAGGUUUUGGAGACAUCGGAUCCUGGAAAAGACCGAGACGCUGUACGAAAGAAGUUGGACGAUCUUAAAGAGAAAUGGAAGGAUGCUAAAAGAAAGGCCUCGGAACGUGAGGAAAGUAUUUCUUCUGUGAUUCCCGAUGCGAAAUCGUUCCAUACUGGAGCACAAGCGUUUGACUCUUGGCUUUCCGAGACGGAAAGAAAACUUGCCGCCGUCAACACCGAAUCUGUGAGUCCAGAAGAACUGACUCAACAACAAAAAGUGUUCGAGGAUCUUAAAGAGGCUAUAGAGAGUCAUCAGCCGGACCACAAAUCAUUGAAUAACACCGCUGACUCACUCAUGGACAAAUGUAAAGAUAACAGCUAUUUUGUAGAGGUGCAAAUUAAGGACUUAAACAGACGCUGGGACGAACUUUUCAAGGACAUGGAGACAAAGGAAACUGACCUACAAACCGCCAAGGAUACUGUGGAUAAAUACCGAGAUGCCUUGGGAGCUGUUGAAGAAGUUGUACAGAAGGCUGAAACAUCGCUUGAAUGCCAAACACCGACCGAUCUCGACGUCAGUAAGAGCAGGGAAGAACUUGCAAAAGUUCAACAAGUCGUGGAUGAUUUGGAACAAUGUGAACCUCGUCACAAAGAGAUGCAAGAACUUGGAGAGAAGUUACUUCAAGGAAUGAAUCCCGAUUCCGUCGAUGCCGUGAUGUUGAAGCAGCAGUUAGGUAAAGUUGGAGAUUCAUACACAACUGCUCUGGCACGAGGCAGAGAACGCAAAACACAGCUUGAGAAAAUCAUCGUGUAUAUAAUAGAGUUUACGGAAAAAUACGAAGUUUUGAUAACUUGGACUGAGGAGAUAACCAUCGUGAUCGAGACCUUUCAUGUUACAAGAACUAAUCCGAGUGCUGUGAAGAGCCAGUUGGAUGAAAUUGAGAAAAUUCAGGAAAACAUUGUGAAGCAAAAAUACGUCCUCGAGUCCGCGGAUGAUGCUGGGCAGCGGUUGGUGGAAUGCUGUGAAAAUGAACCGGCAAUUGUAAUGGAGGUCAAUAGUAAAGUAUAUAAAGCAACAACCUCACUGGAUCUCCUCUCAGCCAAAGUUGAUGACCAACAAAAGAAACUGCAAGAGGCCGUUUUACAGUCGCAAGAAUUCCAAGAAACACUGGAUGAUUUUGCUGAGAAGCUGGCAAAGUUGGAAGAUGAUGUGGCCAAAAUGACACCUGUGUCUUCUCAGUAUGACGUGUUACGCGAGCAGAGCGAAGACAUUGAACACGCUGUUGCCGAUGUAAGACAACUUGAGCCUGUGUACGAAAGGAUUUCUAGGAACGGUGAGGACAUUUUUGCGAGUCUUGAGCCGGGAGAGGAGAAAGAUGAACUUAAGGAGAGAUUGGAUGAUCUUGCCUCUCGUUGGAAUGCGGUGAAGGGCAAGGUUGAUGAUCGGAAAUCAAAAAUUGAUGAAGUUGUAGUUGUAGCAAAAUGUUAUCAUGACUCACUGCAAUCGGUUCUUCCCUGGAUGAGUGACUCUGAAACCUGGGUCGAUUCCCUUGAGCCAGUUUCCUGCGACGAGAAGAGUAUCGCAAAAGAGAGGAAAACCUUGGCUACUUUGGUGCAGCAACUCGAGGAGCACAAGCCUGAAGUCGACGCUGUUAAUGAUUCUGCUCGCGAGCUGGGAGACCUGUGUGAUGACAUACAGGUUGUCCAAGCUGAAUGCAAGGAUGCCAACAAGAGAUGGCAGGUGCUAACAGCGAAUCUGACGGUUCGACAACAACAUUUGGAGAGCGUGGCUACGUUGCUUGAACAACUGACCAAUCAGCUUCAGCCGAUUGAGGAGAAACUGGACGAAGCAGAAGCACUAGUUGAUGCGCCGCUGGCCAACCUCACCGACGCUGAAAAAGGAGAAGAAGAGCUCAGGAAAAUUGAGGCUUUGCUUUCAGUCCUUGAAGAACAGGAGCCUGAACUGAAUGAAGUGAAUGACAACCUGUCACUUCUGAUGCAGCAAGUUGACGAGAAGACGCCUCACGCAGCCCAAGUUAAGGCUGAAGUGUCACAGGCGGACCAGAAACAGAAAGAGCUCAUCGAAAAGCUGAACGCCCGCAAAAUCAACCUUGAGGAGGACGUGAAACACGCGCGCGUCUUCCAAGGAUCACUCGCCGACAUAGAAGCCUGGUUACCUGAAGCUGAAGAGCGUGUUUCUGCUCAACAACCAAUCAGCACAGAUCCUGAGACGGUUAGAAAACAGCUCGAGGAAGCACAGAUUCUUAAAGACGACAUCGCUAAACACAGAGCACUCUUCCAAACAGCAGAGAACACUGGACAGAAACUGAUCGAACGGAGCCAAGAGGAUCCAGCAGUGGUCGCCGACGUUUAUAGUAAACUUUACAAGGUGCGCACUGCAUUGGACAAGCUGUCGGCGCGAGCUGAUCAGCGUCUUGGUCGGCUGCAACAUGUUCUACUGCAAAGUCAGGAGUUUCACGUUUCUUUCGCCGAGUUCUUGGAGAAACUGGGUCGAGUUGAAGAACAGAUUGCUCUCCAGGCCCCCGUGUCUGGAGUGUACAGCACGGUUAAAGAACAGAACCAACAACAAAAGACCGUCAAUGACACCAUUCAACAACAAGAGCCGUUGUUUGAGCAGCUUGUGCGGGCUGGAAAAAAUAUUCUGGAAACAUCUGAGCCUGGACCAGACCGGGACGCUUUGGAGGAUAAAUUGAAUGAUCUGACACAGCGAUGGGAUUCAGUCAAAAGACAAACUUCUGACCGGCAACAACAGCUUGAUCAAGUGCUGCCUCUUUCAAAGGAGUUUCACGGUGAGAUUCAGGACUUAAAACCAUGGCUGAGCGAUGCUGAAAAACGACUUCAAGCCAUUGAUCCAGAUGCCUGUGAUGAGAGAUCAAUCGACAAACAACUGCAGGCGCUAACUGAUUUGAACAAGGAGAUUGCUGAGCAUCAACCAAUUGUCGAGACCAUGGAAGAUACUUCUUCAUCUUUAUCUAACAGUUGUAGUGCGGAUAAGUUCGUGAUUGAGGGAGAGGAACAAGAUGUCCGAAAACGCUAUGAAAAUCUGUCUUCUGAGGUGCCCAGAAUAGAAGACAAUUUGACAAAAUUGAAGGAAACGUUAAUCCAGUACAACCAGGCUUUAACACCCGUCGAAGAACUCUUGGAACGCACAGAAAAGUCGAUGGCGUCGCGCGAAUCCACUGGUAUAGAUGUGGACAAAGGUAAAGACCAACUUAAGGCUGUAGAGGAUCUUUUAUCGGCCCUUCGAGCGCACGAACCUGACGUCAACGAUUUGAAGGAGGCGGGAGACAAAUUGACAUCAGCUAUGGAUCCCAAAUCUUCCGAAGUCCCACGUGUUAACCAUGAAGUGGAAGCAGUUAGUCGGAGAUACAAGGACCUGCUGGAGAGUUUAAGCAAUGAAAAAGAACAACUCGAGAAAGAAACCGAGAAGGCCUUGAAGUUUCAGGAUGCUUUGCGCAACCUGGAGGAGUGGUUACCCAGGGUGGAGGAAGCCGUUGGAGCUCAGGAACCAAUUAGUAGCGACCCGGAACUUGUGAAGCAACAGCUUCAACAGGCGGAGGCCUUAAGGGACGACAUAGCGAAAAACAAAGCUCUUCUGGACGCACUGGAAGACACAGGGAAGGAAAUUAUUGCAGACAGCAACGACGAUCCCCAAGUGGUUCGCGAUGUUCGGGGUGAACUGAACAAAAUCGUUUCUCCUGUUGACUUGAUUCUUCGAAAACUCGCUGAACGUCAAGUCAAACUACAGAAUGCUUUGCUUCGAUCUCAGGAAUUCCAGGUGUCUUUCGAUGAAUUCAUGGCUAAACUGGACACAUUUGAAGACGAACUAGCGAAGCAAGACCCGAUUUCUGCUCUUCACGAAACUGUUCAAGUUCAGCGGCAAGAAAAUGAAGCCUUACAAAAAGAAUUGGCACUUCAAGAUCCUGUGUUUGAAAAACUUGUUCAAAACGGACAAGGUGUGGUGGACGCACUGGAAGAUGCGCCGGAGAGGGAAGUUAUGGAGAAAAAGAUGGAGGAACUGAAGUCGAGAUGGCAGAGUCUGAAAGGAAAAGUCGAUGAACGUCAAAACAAACUGGUUAAAGUCGAACCGGAGGCACAGAAAUUCCGUCAGGAUGCAGAUUCCUUGGCUGUGCUGCUAGCAGAUGCAGAAAAACAGGUUGAUGAGUUUGAACCGCUUACUGUAGACAUAGAUAACAUUGCUAAACAAAAAGAACUCGUGAAGCAGAUUCAGGGAAUGGCAGACAAACUUAAGUCAGAUGUUCAAGAGGUUGGAGGAAGCGCUGACGAACUCAAGGAACAGGCUGAGAAAGAUGUCCCUGUUCUUGAAGCUGAGGUGGAAGACUACGUUGCACGCAUCGAGAAGUUAUCAGCAUCCGUCGGCGAGAAAGACGACCAGCUGUCAGCGAUGGAAGCGGCGUCACAUGACUAUCAUGUCACAGUUAAGAAAGUGGAGGACGUGUUCUGCGAGGCAUGUGACGUCGUCGAUGCACCAGUGGUGUGUGGAACGAACACGGAGUCAGCUGCACAACAGCUUGCCAAGAUCAAGGAACUAAGUUCAGUUCUUGAUGACCACGCCCCAGAGGUACAAAAUGUCGGCCACAAGGGCAAAACUCUUCUCCAACAAGUUCAUGACUCAUCACCAGAUCACGCAGUCGUUACCAGUAAAGUGGCACAUGUAUCCCAAAAGUUUGGAGAAUUGCAGCAGAAGCUCAAGGCUCAGGAAGAGGCUCUUACCAGCAAGAUCAGAGAUACAAACAACUUCAAUGCUAAGGUGGAAGAACUGGACGGGUGCAUACAAGACACUCGUGAGAAGCUCGCGGCAGUUGGACCUGUCAGCACUGACCCUACUGCUGUAGAAAAACAGCUGGAGCUUGUACAGGACUUGAAAGCGAAACUGGAGGCGAAGAAACCAACUCUUGAAGAUGCCCAGGGUUUGUGUGAGAAGUUGACUGACCAGAACAAAGACGAACCGCUUAUCGUAGCAGCCAUUAAAGACAAACUUGACAAAGUCGAGUCGCCAUUUGAAGACCUCAAGGCAAAACUCGCUGACCUGGAAGGAAGACUACAGGCAGCACAGAUACGCUCACAGGAAUUCAACGUGUCUUUCAGUGUGUUUAAAGACAAGCUGCAAGACUUAGAAGAACUUUCCACCAACCUGAAGCCUGUGUCCGCCAUAUACGACAGGCUCAAAGAACAGAAGAACGAUGAUGAGGAACUGCAAGAAAAGAUCAAACAACAAGAACCUGUUUUUGAACAGCUCUUGAGCAAUGGCAAAAAUCUCCUUGAAAGCGCAGAACCUGGGGCUGAGAAAGACGAACUCGAGGCGAAAAUCGCUGACACAGAGAGGCGCUGGAAUGAAAUCAAACAAAUUGCGUCUGAACACUCAGCUCGUGUUGAUACAGCUCUCCCCGAAGCGGAGACAUACCACGAGAGCGCCGGCAGUCUCGGGCCGUGGUUGGCGGAUACGGAGAGAAAAUUGACAUCCUUAGAACCUAUUGUAGCCAAUCAAGACGUUGUGGAGAAACUCAAUAAUGAAGUAGCGUUGCUUCGUGAAGAUAUUGACAAACACAGACCAGAGAGAGACUCAGUAAGUGAGAAAUCGAGAGCUGUUGUAGAAUUGACUGAUGCCGAUGGAGACGUUAUAAGGAACGAAGCUCAAGAGAGUGUAGAUCGAUAUGACGCAUUGGAUACAGCUUUGGCUGCCAAAGAGAAAGAUCUACAGGACGUGAAGCAGAUGUUGGACAAGUAUCACGGUCUGGUGCAGCCUGUACAGGAUACACUGGAAACUGUCGGCGCAGAGCUUGCCUCACAAGGACCAGUUAGUGCUGACGUGAAAAAGAACGAGGAAGAUCUUGCAAAGACUAAGGCGUUGAUCCGUCAACUGAACGAUAUGAAAGACAACCUCGACAGUGCAGAGACAAGUGGCAAGGAAACAGCUGCGGCCAUUACAGCCUUGGACGGCGAUCCCGCUCUUGUCCAAGAGGAACUUAAAGCGGUUAAUGCCAACCACGAUUCUUUAAUGGAUCAACUGAAGGACAAACAGUCGCAGCUGGAACAGGCGAUAGGUCAAGGUCUGGAGCUACAAGAUAAACUGGAUGAAAUUGAAGCCUGGACUGCAGACAGUGCUGAGAAGGCAGAAGCCUGGGAACCAAUCAGUACAGAUGCCGUCACAGCCAAGAAACAGUUGGAGGAGUUACAGGCGAUGAAGGAUGAUCUCGAAAAACAUCACGCUAGUCUUAAAGACUCCCAAGCUUUAGCAGAGAAGCUGCUGUCCGACAGCGAAGAUCCGAUCGCUGCAGCUGAACUUGAGAGCCGUCUGUCCAGAGCUGAUCUCGAGUUGAAAAAACUCUCAGAUAAGAUCGAAGCGCGGGAAAAUCAGCUCCAAGCAGCCCUUGCGCAGUGUGAUCAGUUCGAGGCUGAUUCAGAUAUUUUCUUACGCUGGCUUACCAAGACGGAGAGAACUUUCGCCAAGCUCAGGCCUAUUUCAGCUGAUGCAGGGACAGUUCAAGAACAAAAAGAUAGCUUUCAGCCCAUCCACCAGGAGAUAAGAGAAAAAGAACCAACUUAUGCGGCCCUGAUGGCAGCUGGUGAACAACUGAAGGAAACAAGUCAGCUACCCGCUGACCAAGAAAACCUACAGGAAAAACUUGAUAACAUGAGACAGCGAUGGACUGAGCUGAAUACGACGUCUGAUGUCCGAACCAACAAUUUAGAAAAAGCAGUAAAACUGACUACCGAGUACCAGGAGCAGCGCGGCCACUUUGCACCGUGGCUGGAUUCAGCAGAAAAAAGAGCGGACGCUAUUCACUUGACUUGUGAUUCAGAAGCUCUGGAGACAAACAAGCAACAUGUCGAGGAACUCCAGCAAGAUGUGGCGAACCAUUCUGAUCCGCACCGUGACCUGGACAACACAGCGGAGGGAAUCACUCAAGUCUGCGUAGAAGAAGUCAGUUCUGUCGAAGACGACAUUCAAAAUCUGGACAAGCGAUGGGACGAAUUGAACAAAAACCUUAAGGACAAACUUGCAGAUAUUGAGACCUUGCAAGGCCAGGUGAAGGAGUACAGAGACACUGUUGACAGUGUUGAUGAGAAAAUAUCUGGGGUCGAAAGUGAAUUUAACUUGGAAAGGGCUCCCGUAUCAGAUGUAGAAGAGAUGAAGAAACAUAUUCAAGAUCUUGGGUCGCUGAAGAAGCAGGUUGAAGAGUUGAAACCGGACGUUCAGUCCGCUUUAGAAGCUGGGAACAGUAUUCAGGAGGGUAACCCAAGCGCUGACACUACUGCUGUUGAAUCAGAUAACAACAACCUUCAAGAGCAUUAUGCCGCUCUUGAAGAUAAGAUAGCCUCUGCGAUUGAAAAGAAUAAGAAGAUUCUAGAAGAUUUAGAGGAGUACUGGGAACAACAGGAUAAGGUCGUGGAACAGGUUAAGGAGACUGGGGAUAAAUUGGGAGAAAACAAACCAGCGGUGAUGGAUGUUGAGAAACUGAAAGAGCAGUUGGAGAAGGCAAAGCUGUUGAAAGCAGGAGUAGAAGAUCUUAAGCCGGAUGUUGACACAGUUAACAAACAAGCUCAGGAUCUGAUCACUGCUGGCCUGAAAUUAGAUUCUGCGGUAGUAAAACAAAUGUCUGACACCGACAAACAGUGGAAUGACGUUAAGGACGCUGCAGCCGAUCAACAAGCGGAAAUCGAGAAGGCUCUUCAAGAGGUGGAAGAGCUACAAGAAGCUUUACAGAGAGCAGACCAAGCCAUGACUGAAUCAGAGGAGAAAGUGAAACAGUUACCACCUGUUGGUGCAGAUGUUGACACGAUUAACCAACAACUGGAGGGCAUAAAGGAUUUACAAAAAGAAAUUGAUGGAAUUCAGGAACAACUCGCGGCAAUUAAUGACAUGAAAUCCAAGAUGGCUGUAGCCUACCCGGACGCAGACACAAGUGAUAUCGAUACGGCCAUAAGUGAUCUGAACCAACGACUCGUAGCGUUAAAUCAAGAUCUUGGAAACAGGCAGAGCAAGCUGGAAAGCGCACUGCUGGCCUGUGGAAAGUUCCAGGAUGCUUUGCAGUCGUUGCUAGACUGGCUGGCAGAGAGUCGUGAACUGAUAGAGAAUCAAGGCCCCAUCGCAGCCGCCGACCCGAAUGUCAUGAAGGCUCAAAUGCAAGAACAGAAGCUAUUUACCCGAAUGAUCGCCGAUCGAGCGCCCGCCGUAAAGUCCUUACAGGAGACUGGGGAAGAGGUUCUGAAAAGCGCCGACGAAGAAACUAAGGCACGAAUCGAGGAAGGACUCGAAAACGUAAAAGGCCAGUGGGAGGAGCUUAAUAAUAUGACAGACACCAGGAAGAACGCACUGGACGCAGCCAUGGAGGCGGCCGUCAGUUUUGACGCCCUGCUUAAUGACGCCAACAAGAAGAUAACCGCCGCUGAAGAGGAACUACAGGCUCAACAACUUGGUCAGAAGGUAGAACCUGCAUCCAUCCUAGAGGAGGCCAAAACACUACAGGCCUUGUGCGAACAAAUCGACGUCUUGGAGUCCCCCGUUCAAGAGGCCACUCAAGCAGGCGAGGAACUCAUUUCACACUGCACAGAUGACGAUAAGAACCUGGUCCGUGACAAAACAGACAAGUUGUCACAACGUUACCAGUCAUUGCGUAACCAGGCAGAUGAAAAGAGGAAAGAGGCUGAGGACGCCGCCAAACUUUCUGAAGAUUUCUUUAACGCUAAAGAUCAGUUGAUGGCAUGGUGUGAUGAGACAGCAAGAAAGCUGGAAGAUGCAAAGGGAGAGAGUGAAAAUGUUCAGCAGGAGAAACUUCAGGAAAUCCAGAAGGCUUUGUCGGCCAAGGAACCAGAUCUUUCUUCAUGUAAAGAACUUGGAGACGACCUUAAGAAAUACCUCGUCCAAGAAGAAAAACCAAAAGUAGAUCAAGCACAGAGCGAGGUGGACGAAAAGUGGCGCUCUUUGCAAGCCGAUGUGGACGAGCUGGCCAAGAAAUUGUUUUCAUCUCAGGCUCGUGUAGACAGUUACCAGCUUGAAGUGAACGAGUUGAAGGCGUGGCUCACUGAUACAGAAGGAAAGCUGACCAAUUUGGAGCCUGUGGGGGUCGAGCCAGAGCAAGUCAAACAACAGUUGGGAACACAGGCGGCCCUCAACGCAGACGUUGCAGCCCAUGAGAAACCCGUUAAAUCUGUGUGCGAGAACGGCGAGGCGCUGAUACCAGCACUUAAGGAUGAGGAACAGCAAGCCAUCAAAGACGAUCUCGAAAGUAUCAAGACUCGCUACCAGGGUGUAAAGAAUGACACGUCAGUUAGGCAGGCAGCUUUAGUAGAGGCUCUGUUGCUGUCUCAGCAGUUCAGAGACAUUCACAAAGAAGUGGUCACUUGGCUUGAUCGCUGCGAGGAAAACUUCCGUAAGCUGGACGAUGAAUCGGUUGCGGAACUUCAACAGGAGAGAAUCAAGUCAAUCCAAGAGGGUAUCACUGCCCUUAAAGUUUUAAUCGGCAAUUUGGAAGAGACUGGAAGCGACCUUGUUAAGUUGAGCGGCCCAGGUGAGGCAUCCACUUCAAUUGAACAAAAGGUGGCAGCUUGUGUUGAGCGCUACGAACGACUUCAGCUACAGACAGAGGAGCGAGGAAUUAAGAUCGGAAUGACCCUAGCACAAGAAGAAGAAGUGCAGACCAGAUUGGACGAGUUACAGACACUGUUAGAAAAGAGAAAAGAAGACUUUGGAAGUCUGAAACCGAUCAGUGUGAGACCAGAUGUAAUUCGUGAACAGAUUGAAGAGCUGAAGGUACUUCAAAGUGAGUUUGAUCCAGAGAAGGAAAUGGUGGAAGAAAUCAGACCGCUAGCGACUGCUGUGGUAAAUGCCAACCCAGAUUCCAAAACAUCAUUGCUCAUGAAAGACAAGAUGAACAAAGUUUCCACGCUUGCAUCCGAUACGCAGACCAUGUAUGAUGACAGGCUCAAAUCUCUAGAACUGACCCUCGAUGCCGGGGACAAAUUUUGGACGGGCUUAGAUGAGAUAAAGCACAUCCUCAAGGACGUGCAGGAUCAUCAGGACUCCGAAGAACCCCCGGCCGCUGAGCUAGAGGUACUGGAGGAGCAGAUUCACGAUCAUCAGGAGCUUCGAACAGAGCUGGACGCACACAGUGAAGCAGUGAAUGUGUUGUGUGAGACCAGUCCUGUUCUUGUAGCGCACUGUAGUCCAGGCGACAAGAUGCUAGUACAAACAGAACUCUCCAAGGUCACCAAACAGUGGGCAGACAUCGAGAAGACCUGGAACAAGAGAGAAGCUGACAUGGCGGAAGUCAAGGAAACAGCUACUCAGUAUCACAAUACCCAUGACCCCUUGCUGGCUAAGUUGACUAACCUAGAACAAAGGCUGGCCGAGCAGCCGCCGGUGGGAACUGAGUUGGAUAUCGUCAAAGAACAACUUAAAGAGCAAAAGGACUUCCAUAAGGAACUUACACCACUCCAAAGCGAUGUGACAGCUGUAAACCAAAAGGGUACAAUUCUUAGUGAGCAGUGUCGUCCGGAGGACGCAGAUCUAAUAGCGGCACAGCUGGAGGAUUUGAACACUCGAUGGGAUGACUUGUGUCUUCAUUCCGGUGAGAGGCAGCAGACAAUUGAAGGUGCUCUGUUACAGCUAGGACAGUUCCAACUGGCCUUAGAGGAGCUUCUGGUUUGGGUCAAACAGACCAAUGCUACUUUGGAUGAGCAGCUGGCCAGGGAUGUUCAGGGAGACGUUAAGUUUAUUGAGGUGGAAAAAGCCAAACACAAGAUUCUCUACAAUGACAUCUUGGCCCACGAACCAUCUGUGGAAUCCGUGACGCGCGCGGCUUCUUCCCUGCUGACGGAAAAUGGAGACAGCAAGUUGGAUAGUGGUUCCCUGCAGAUGAAGAUGACGGAACUACAGGACGGCUGGCAGGAGGUGUUAGACAAAGCAGCCCGCUUAGACGCCCACCUCGCAGCUGCCCUAAGCGCGUCUCAUGACGUCAUGGACCAGAUGAAGGAACUGAGAACUUGGCUGAAUGAGGGACGUGACUUCCUUGACUCCAGGAGACAAAUUGGCGGGCGCCCUGAGAGUGCACGUAACCAACUGACCAAGCAUAAGGACUUCCUAGACGUACUUGAAAAACGUAAGGAAACAUACCAACGAAUCACUGAAGCCGUCCAAGCCAUGAUAAAGAACAGCGAUCCUACCACAGCAGCCUCCCUUCAAAGGCAGUCGGAUGAAUUGACAGAAGCCUGGGAACAAGUGAGCACAAAGGCUGACGAGGAAGGCCGUAAGUUGGAUGACGCGCUCAAGAAUGCAGUGGAAUUAGAGAAACAAAUCACAGAUAUGGACUCUUGGCUCACGCAGGUUCAUGAUCAAAUAGUGUCCUUUGAUAAUGUCAGCUGCAUUUUAGACAUUUUGGAAAAGCAACGACAGGAAUACAAGGAUCUCAAAGAGGACAUUGACGCACACCGUGACCCGUUCAAACAACUCAAGGUACUAGCAUUCAAGAUCACAGAUGUGUGUCUCCAGGAGGACGUGACUUACAUCGACGAUACGAUCCGUGACCUGGACGCUCGCUGGAAAGAGCUGACAGGUCUGUCUUCGGGUAGAAAGAAAGAUCUCGAUGAAAAUUACAAGCUGUCGCACAAGUUCUUCAAAGGUGCUGAAGAACUAUUGAACCUGCUGGACGAAGCUGAGCGGAGCCUUAAAGAUGAGGAACCUAUUGGGGUGGACCCCGCUCACCUGAGGUCCCAACUUAAAAAACACAAGGAGUUCCAAUCCAUGCUCGGUGCCAACCAAACAUCAAUGGAUGGAAUCAUUGUAAAGUGCUGAUGAUGAUGAGAUGACGCCAUUAUUAUCGAAGGAAAGAUAGCUGACCUCAAGGCACGAUGGGACGCCAUCUGCGCGCUAUCAGUAGAAAGACAACAAAAACUAGAGGAGGCUCUCCUCUUCACUGGUAUGUUCCAGGAUGCCCUGCAGUCGCUGCUUGACUGGCUCAGUGCAGUGGAGCCCAGUCUUUCCACUGAAACUGCCGUCAUGGGUGACCCUGAAACUGUACAGAUCUUAAUUGACAAUCACAAGACCUUCCAACGCGAGCUCGGACGCCGCCAAGCAAAUUACGACUCGGUAAUGAAUGCAGGUAGAACAAUGAUCAAUGAGAACAAAGUGGAGGACCCGCACAAACUGGAAGAGAGGCUCGAUGACUUGCGCAUGCGUUGGGAAGCCAUCAGCGCCUUAUCUAACACUAAACAAGAUAGACUCGACAAUGCGCUCGUUUUGGCGAAGGAGUUCGACACUGCCGUCAAGACAGAGUUACGCAUACUGAAAGACUUCGAAGAUACGCUUAGGGGACUGGGUCCAAUUGCCGACGACUUAGAAACUAUUGCUGAUCAACUGAAUGAACACAAGGUUUUCCACGAAGAUCUAAUGGCAGAGGAAGUGAACGUUCAAUCAGCCAUUAAGAAGGGCCAAGUGAUUGCACGAUUCUGUCAUCCAAGCGCACUGCCAAUCAUCCAGCAAUGGAUUGCAAGAUUAAAGAAACGAUGGGAUGAGGUUCGCAAAUGGUCAGUUCAAAGAUUGACUCGCCUGGAGGAAGAACAAUCUAAGCUGACAGAGGAGCAAAGCAUGAUGGAGGAACUGCUGCAGUGGAUUGGAGAGAAAGAAGAAAUCCUGAUCGAAAAGGAAAAUGAGCCUAUCCCUGACGAUGAUUACGAGCAAGUCAUGACGCUGUUGGAAGACCACAAAGGUUUUCAAGAAGAAAUGGCCAAGAAACGGAUAACAUACGACAGACUCACCAAGUCGGUAAAACGACGUGGUUCUGUAGCGCCUACCGCUGUUUCUGCUGCCCCAGUCCAAGCUCAGACCACUCCGGACAAGCAAGGUCGGCGUGGAAGCAGAAUACCUAAACUCACCUCCAGUCCUUCUCCGUCCUUCACUCGCGAACGGUCACGCGAGAAGUUGACGCUGGUCACCAGCCCGGGUUCUUCGUUCACUCGGUCUGGUUCCACCACACUUGAUAAGAAUCAUCCAGCUUUGCUGCACUUGUCCAAACGAUGGCAGCAUUUGUGGCUUCUUUCGAUGGAGAGGCUGCGACGUCUUCAAGAGAAGUUGGAACGAAUUGCCAUCAGACGAGCCUCGGCGAAGUUUGACUUCAACGAGUGGAAGAGUAGGUUUAACAAAUGGCUGCGUGACAGCAAGUCACGCGUUCUUGACAUCUUCCGCCGCAUGGAUCAAGACCGAGAUGGCAAGCUUACCAGAGAGCAGUUUAUCUCAGGAGUGCUCAGCACAAGUUUCCCAACAGAGAGAUGGGAGAUGGAAAUAGUCGCCAGUAAAUUUGAACGUGAUGGACUGAUCGACUACAAAGAAUUCGUAAACUCGCUUAAGGAUAAAAAACCAACUAAGAAGCCAGAGAAGCCUAAGACUGAAGAACAACAGAUUCAGUCUGAAAUUGAACGCCUAUGUCGCAAGUGCGGCGUGACAUUUGUCAAAGUGGCUGAGAACAAGUACAGGUUCGGUGACUCCCAGAAGAUGCGUUUGGUUCGUAUCCUUCGCAGCACUGUCAUGGUACGAGUCGGAGGAGGCUGGGAAACACUGGAAGAAUUCCUUCUAAAGAACGAACCCAGCAAAGCUACUGGACGAACAAAUGUAGAACUUAGAGAACAGUUGUCAAGACCUGAAGGCGUCACACAGACCAUGGGAGCCUUCACAAGCAAACGACACUCGGAACAGAAAUCGACAGUGGUCACGGAAAAACCGCCCACUGGUCUCGGUCGAAAACCUAGGCUCGACGUUCCGAGUAGUGGUUACGGCCUCCGUCGAGAGAAAUCCGGUGAACUUCGGCCUCGUCGUGAAAAGUCGGGAGAACUUCGGCUACCAAGUGGUCCCACCAAACAGAGAAGCGGAACAAAUUUAAAGGGGACGGCUGAAAAGUCCCCCUCGACGAAGAGACCUAGUGGCGUAUCAAGGGUUAGGAAAUCUGACAGUCAGACGUCACUUGGUAGUACGGGAUCGCUCGAGGACUCUUCGGAGGGCACUUCACCUCGGGUAUCUUCGGGAAUUCCCUCAAGCCCAAGCAGCACCUCGUCUCGCGGGUCUCCGGAUCGUCCAGGUUCGGCCGCGUCUAAAUCAGCUACUAAGUCGACUGGAAUGGCAAGAACCGGAAGUCGGGAAAAUGUGCGAGGUAGCAGGGAGAGUCUUCACAAAGCCAAAGAAGGAACGACGAAAAGUUCUGGGAUGACUAAAAGUACAACGAGAAGCCCUGGAACAACAAAGUUAAAGAACGGAGAAGAAAAGAAAGGUCCGAAAAAGUAAAGGAAAAAACUGUUUUUCAAAUCAUUUUUGUUUUUGGAUUGAAACGAAGCGAAUUUGAAUAGGCAGAGCAAAUUAAUAGGUAGUCUUAAAUUAAUUUUUUUUGUCUUCAUCAAGCAAGGAAAGUAUUUAAUUUAAUGCUCUUAAAGAGAGUCAAAGUUAAUUAUGUGGUAUGAUAUUGUUUCAUUUAACUUCGUUUAUAUGAAAAGCUAACAACGACCACAAACACGCAGUCGUUCUAUUUCGUAAACUUAAUUUUUCGUAAUUUUACUAAGAUAAGAAAAACCGUCAUUUUUGUACUGGGCGCUUUUUAUAAUACACUUCCAUUUUCUCGAAGGCAAUUAAAGCUUUUCACUGAGUGCAUUACAACGCUCUGGUCGUUUCGCCCGUAAUAUAGCUCUUUAAGAAUGUGAGAGCAAACUAAGUUAAACCUUUUUGGGACAAUAAUAUUUCUUGAAAAAGUGUAGAGUUUGUAUGUGAAUCUUCAAGAAACUAUUUAAGUAGAGAUUAAUAUUGUCAAUUUGCACGUUUGCCAUGACCCAUUUCAAUGUGAAACCAUUUGUUACAGAGAGUACAGCUUCCAGACUCUCUCGAUACAGUGGAUUCUAUGUUUUUGUGAAUGUUAAGUAAAGCUUUAAACAUUUUGUAGGAAUUGAAUAAACAAAGGUAAUUUUCUAUGA